AAUUUUAUUUAUUUACAAAUUUGCUCAAAUAGUAAAUAAGAUACUUCGUACCUCUAAUAGUCCAUUUUUUAAAUGUAGUUUUGCUUGAGUUAAUAAAUCCGGCAUCAACCUUUGGGUUGCCGCUCAAACAAAACAUUUCUGUUGGUCAAAUCAUGGCCCGAACUAAAAUAACACGGCGCACUUACAAUUUGAAACAGCAGCAAACAGAAAAUAUCUCGAGAACAGCAGAGAGCUCGCUGCCAGAGGAGCCACCGCAAGAGUUAUCAACCAGUGAACCACAAGAAUGCCCCCUGAUCCAGGCUAAAACACCAGAGGUGCCACCAGCACCGGCUGCCCCAACUGAAACAUUGCCAACAACAGAAGCACUGGAGCCGGAGAAGGAGACUCUUUCCAAAUUUAAUACAUCAACUAUCGAGUGCCAGGAAGAUACUUCUACUAUAAACGUGCAAGAGAGUGUUGCAGUUGUUGAAGCGUCCGCUGCAAUAACUAGCAAACUACAAGAAAAUACUGUGGACAUGAAUGACGACAGCUUAGAAUUGGAAGGCACUGGUAACAACUUGGUGGUAACUAGUGGGAAAAACCCCGAAAUGUCUUGA